AUGGAAGCGGACUGGAAUGAGACUGCACGCAUCACACUCCCCGGCCCGACUCCGAAUGCGGCGUCCGGCCUCAUCACGACCUUUGCGUUCGACACCGUCCAGGACCUGCUUUGGACUGGCAAUGAAUAUGGACGCAUUACGUCUUUCUACGGCGCCGAGCUGCAACGCCACACCUCCUAUCGAGGCCAUGACAGCACUGCGGGUCGAGGAGCUCGCGGCAGUGCGGCUGUAAAGCAGCUGUUGUUCUGUCAGAAAGGCAUCCUGUCCAUCUCCCCUCGCAGUGUGCAUCUUUCCAAUCGCAGAGGCCUCACGCUAUGGCACAUCAGCCAGAGCGACAUGGUGGAUCUUCGGUGCAUGAGCUUCACCACUGCCGCCGCUACAGAAGUCGUCGUGGCCGGGUGUCAACGCGACAUGUACAGAAUCGACGUGGAGAAGGGUACCAUUAUUGAGACGCUGGCCCACGAACCUCACAUCGCCUUCACGUUGAUGCGAUGGACCAACCAGUACAUCUGCGCCGCUUCCCACGACGGCUCCAUUCACCUCCUGGAUACGAAAACCCUGUCUUUGGCUAACAGCUGGAAGGCCUAUGCAGGCACGGUCAACGACAUGGAUGCUAGAGGCGACUAUCUCCUGACCUGCGGCUGGGCGCAACAGCAGUACCAAGGCCUCGCGCUGGAAAGGCUGGUUCGAGUCUUCAACUUGAAAACGCAAAAGUCCGUUGCGCCAGUCACCUUCAGCCAGGGCGCCGCUUUCGUGCGCAUGCACCCCAAACUCUCAUCAACCUGCAUCGUAGUCUCGCAAAUGGGCGCCGUGCAAUCCAUCGACGUGCAGAAUCCCGACAUCCCGGUCAUGCGAUUCGUGCAGACCUUCGAUGCGCAGCUGACGGGGCUGGAACUCAUGCCGUCCGGCAAGGGAUUUGCAAUGGCGGAUAGCCACUGUCAAAUCACGCUUUGGGGCUCGCCUGCAAAGCUCCAAUUCACAGAGUUUACCCAACCCAUUGAAAUGCCCGAUGCCGCCGCGCCGGUCAAAAACAUGGACUGGUCCCCGGACGUUGCCCUGAACCUCAUCGGCAUGCCAUUCUACCGCGAGGCGCUGUUGUCCGGCUGGUCAAAUGGCUUGGUCCACGAGGUAGGCGCUCCGCCCUCCAAAAUGGAUGGAUCAAUGUUCACUGGAAUGCGGAAAUUCGAGCACGGUCUGGUUGGGCCAAAUCUGCACCACGGCCGACGCUAUGAAGUGACCGAUACAAGAUCGCUUUUGAAGGAUCCAAACUCGAUCCCGGCCCCGAAGUUCCUGAGCGAGCAGAAAAAAGACGAAGAUGGCCAUUACGAGAUUGAGCGCAGAUUCAGCGAGGAUAUUGGCAAGACCUUGAAAGGCCUUACCCUCCAAGACAGUCCGCCGCUGUACUAUCAACGCCAGAAAAUGGCAUACAGUAGGUUCGGCGUGGAUGAUUUCGACUUUCGCUAUUUCAACCACACGCCCUACUCUGGCCUGGAGAUCCACAUUGUCAAUUCUUACGCAAAUCCCCUGCUGCAGGUGUUUCGAUUUGCGAACGUCAUCCGCAAUCUGGCCCUGCAGCAUACUGCUAUGGAUUGCCGGCUCGAACACUGCAUGCUGUGCGAGACUGGCUUUGUGGUUGAUAUGCUGGAGAAGGCGCACGGGUUGAUUUGUCAGGCUACCAACUUCUUCAAGGCCUUAUCCAAGCAGCCGAAUGCGGCCGCAUUGGCGUUCUUGGAGGAGCACACACUCGGCACUCCCAUGACCGUCAUGAUACAGAACCUCACCCGCUUCCUCCUCCCUGCUCUGGAGGAGAACUCUCGCCGAGUCAGUGGGCAUCCGGGCGAAGUUCAGCUCGCUCUUGGUACUUUCGGCCGUGCAUAUAGCACAUGUACGGCCUGUUUGUACGAAGAUGCAAAGCAGGAAGUGUGGUUCAGCCAGGAUCUGGUAUAUCCCAAGGGACCCAAGCACACCCAGCGUGCCGUCCGCCCAUACUUUUCGAGACUCCUGAAGGACUCUGUGGAGCGGUAUGACCAGCACCGUGGCUGGUGUAUGCGAUGCCAGAGCUACAAGGCCAUUCGAUCUCGUCGUGCGCUCAUGAGGACCCCUGACGUUCUGAUGAUAAAUGCAGCUAUCCAUACCAACGACGCAAGGCAUUUGUGGGCGACUCCAGGCUUCUUGCCCAAGGAGAUUGGCAUUAUUGUGCACGACGAUCAGUUUUACUGCUACGAGGGUCAGGACCUCCAACUACACCUUCAGCGGCAAAUCCACGACAUUACCGUCUACACGUUGGUUGGCGUCAUUGCUGAAGUGACAACAAAUGAAGCCCAGCCAUCCCACCUCAUUUCCAUGAUCGAUGUCGGCGUCUCGAACCCACCCGACAGUACACAAGGAGAGAACUGGCAUCUCUUCAAUGAUUUCAUGGUGCGACCGAUCUCUGGGCAGGAAGCACUCCACUUUGACCCGCGUUGGAAGUUGCCGUCGGUACUCACAUACCAAGCGAAGCAGAUGUCUCAUUUCAUCGACGAAAGCUGGAAGUCGAAGAUCAACACCAACAUUCUGUUUCGCAGCGUUGCUCAGCCGGCCUUUAGCCCGGCGUAUGAGUUCCGCGCACUCUCCUCCACUGACGCCUUCCCGAGUGCGCAGAGCCAUUAUGCCAUUGAUGCGGAAUUUGUCCGGCUGUUGCGAGAGGAAAUCGACAUGGACGCAGAUGGCCGAAGAGCGAUAACUCGUCCGGCGCGCUCCGGCUUGGCCCGUGUCUCGGUCGUGAGAGGCGAUGAGCCAGAUCAGGCGCUGCCAUUCAUGGAUGACUAUAUCGCCUUGGAUGAGCCUGUCGACGACUACCUCACGCAAUACUCCGGCCUGCACGAUGGCGAUCUCACCUGGGGCGUCAGCAAGUUCACGCUCGUCCGCUUGAAAGAGGUCUACAAGAAACUGUGGGUCCUGCUCAAUCUGGGCUGCACCUUUAUCGGCCACGGGCUCUCGAGCGAUUUCCGCACCAUCAACAUCCACGUCCCCGAGGCGCAGGUCAUUGACACGCAGGACUUGUUUUCGCUGGGCGAGCGCAGUCGGCGCAAACUCUCCCUCCGCUUCCUCGCCUGGCUGAUCUUGGGCGAGGACAUCCAGCAGAACAUCACCGCCGGGCACGACAGUAUUGAAGAUGCUCGUGCGGCGCUGAAGCUGUGGCGCAAGUAUCUCGAGUACGCAGAGGCCGGCAUCCUCGAGCAGAUCAAGGAUGAGGUGUUCGUGAAGGGCAAGGCGACGGACUUCAAGGUGCCGGCGCGCGAUGGGAGACUGCUUCAACCAGACACGCCUUUGGCUAGUAGUGCUCCUGGCACGCCGGAGAGGCGAAUUGCUGCUGUAGCCCGGGUCACCACGCCCGCGCGUUCCGAGUUCGGAAGUCCCUUUAGGUGA